AUGUCUCAUGAAAAAAUAAAUUCACGCGAAAAGUCCAAAUUUUUAUUUAAAAUUAUAUUAUUUAUUAUAAUAGUAGUAAUUAUUUUAUCAUUUACAACUGAAAUCAAAUUUACAACUUCACCAAUUAUUAAUAAUGAUAUUAAGACUACUAUUACUAAAUCCGCACCUACGAAUGCUACGAUUAAACCUAUACUCUCUUUUGAAGAAAAAUUCUUAACAUAUUUACCUCAUAAUGAUUUUCAUGAUCAGCAUGGAGCGCUCAUAAAUGCGAUAAUGUUAUCGUAUAUAACAAAUCGUACAUUAAUUAUUCCACCUUUAUUAAUUAAUUACUUUCCACGUAAUUCUACAUUUCAUUCUUUAUAUAAUAAUUUAAAUAAAUUUAUUGAAAUCAAAAAAUAUCGUGAAGAACAUUGUUAUAUCGAUGAUGAAAAUGAAGAAAAUUCUCUCGAUUAUUGUGAUAAUGAAUAUUCACAACUUGAUGAUUUUACCAUGAUAAAUUGGGAACAAUUAUUUGAUUUUAAUGAAUUGAAAAAACAUGUUAAAAUGAUAAAUCGUGGUUUUGAUUUUUCAUUGGAUAAUUUAAAAUAUAAUUUUAAUAUUGGAGAAAAUGAUACAUAUUUAUUCAUUGAAGAUUUAUCAUACGAAUUAAAAGAUAAUGAUAAUUCAAUACGAAAGAACGAUAAAAAAUUAUUACAUUUUUCUUCUUUACUUGGUCCUAAUAAGAUAAUUUUGGAAAAUCAAAAUAAUAUAAAAUUUCGACGAUUAAUUCAUAACAAAUUAAUUAUUAAUAAUCCAAAAAUAUUAAAUGUUAGUGAAAAAAUUAUAGAAAAAUUAGGUGGUAAAGGAAAUUAUAUUGGUUUACAUAUUGAAAUCAGACAUAAAACAUUCAGAAUUAAUGCAAAUUAUAAUAUAGAUUUAAUAUAUAGAAAUUUGAUGAAACAUCUUUUAAAUUCGAAUUUAUUAAGAAAUUCAAAAAAUCUCUUUAAUUAUAAUUUAAAAGAAUGUUUAAAAAAUAAUAUACCAAUAAUUUAUAUAGCGACAGAUUCUUUUGAACCUAGAAGUAGAUUUUCAAAACUUUAUGAAAAUAUACCAUGUAUAUUUACUUUAUUCGAUCUUUCAAAAGAUUUAGAUAAUUUUGGUAAAAUACCAAGUGAAUAUGAUGAAGAUGUAGAUUUAACAAAUUUUUAUGUACCUAUAAUAGAUUUAUUAAUAACAGCUCAUGGUAAGACUUUUAUUGGUAUUCCGAAAAGUGCCUUUUCACGAUUGGCCAAUGAAGUAAAUAAUUUAUCUAAUGGUAAAAAUGCAAUAUCAUGA